AUCUCUACAUUAGUCAAAUGCACAACUACCCUCAAAAAGUUGUCCUCAACAACCCUUGAUGGCUUCAAGCUAAACAUUAGACAAAAGGUGGUUGGUGAAGGUGACAUUGGACUCCUACUUCCUAUUUGCUUAAUUGCCUAACCUCUUCAAUCUACCUACCCUCCCUACCCCAUCCAUUUUCUUAUACACUUGCAAAUUUCUCAAACAAAAAAAACAAGCCAAAAUAUAAUCUUUAACAACUUCAACAGCACAAAAAAGGGAGUGAAAAAAAAUAAAAAAAUUCAAGAAUGGCACAAAUUAGCAACAUGGCACAAGGGAUACAGACCCUUAAUUCCCUUAAUCUGAAUUCCAGUCUUCCUAAAACCCAAAAGGGUCCUCUUUUUUCACAUUCACUUUUCAUUGGAACAAAGAAAGUAACCCAAAAUUCAGCAAAAUCUUUAAGGGUGUUGAAGAAAGAUUCAGUUUUGAGGAUGGAGAGGUCAAGUCUUAGGAUUUCUGCAUCAGUGGCUACUGCAGAGGCACCCAAUGAGAUUGUGCUGGAACCCAUUAAAGAUAUAUCUGGUACUGUUAAAUUGCCUGGUUCUAAGUCACUUUCCAAUCGGAUUCUCCUUCUUGCUGCCCUUUCUGAGGGAAGGACUGUUGUUGACAAUUUACUAAGUAGUGAUGACAUUCAUUACAUGCUUGGUGCAUUGAAAACACUUGGACUUAAUGUAGAAGAUGACAAUGAAAACCAACGAGCAAUUGUGGAAGGUUGUGGCGGGCAGUUUCCUGUUGGCGAAAAUUCCGAGGAAGAAAUCCAACUGUUCCUUGGAAAUGCAGGAACUGCGAUGCGGCCAUUGACAGCAGCAGUUACUGCAGCUGGUGGACAUUCAAGAUAUGUACUUGAUGGAGUUCCAAGGAUGAGAGAGAGACCAAUUGGUGAUUUAGUUGAUGGUCUUAAGCAGCUUGGCGCAGAGGUCGAUUGUUUCCUUGGUACGAAAUGUCCCCCUGUUCGAAUAGUCAGCAAGGGCGGUCUUCCAGGAGGGAAGGUAAAGCUCUCUGGAUCUAUCAGCAGCCAAUACCUGACUGCUCUGCUUAUGGCCGCUCCAUUGGCAGUAGGAGAUGUGGAUAUUGAAAUAGUUGACAAACUGAUUUCUGUACCUUAUGUUGAAAUGACGCUGAAGUUGAUGGAGCGAUUUGGUGUCUUUGUGGAGCACACUAGUAGCUGGAAUAGAUUCUUUGUAAAAGGAGGUCAGAAGUACAAGUCUCCUGGGAAAGCAUAUGUGGAAGGAGAUGCCUCAAGUGCUAGCUAUUUUUUGGCGGGUGCAGCUGUCACAGGUGGAACUGUCACUGUUGAAGGUUGUGGAACAAGCAGUUUACAGGGGGAUGUUAAGUUUGCCGAGGUCCUCGAGAAGAUGGGGGCAGAUGUUACGUGGACAGAGAAUAGCGUCACGGUUAAAGGACCUCCGAGGAACUCUUCUGGAAUGAAACAUUUGCGUGCCAUUGACGUGAACAUGAACAAAAUGCCAGAUGUUGCCAUGACUCUUGCUGUAGUUGCACUUUUUGCUGAUGGUCCUACUACCAUAAGAGACGUUGCUAGCUGGAGAGUUAAGGAAACUGAGCGGAUGAUUGCCAUAUGUACGGAACUUAGGAAGUUGGGUGCAACAGUUGUAGAAGGGUCGGACUACUGCAUAAUCACCCCACCAGAAAAGUUAAACAUAACGGAGAUUGAUACUUAUGAUGAUCACAGAAUGGCCAUGGCUUUCUCUCUUGCUGCUUGUGCAGAUGUUCCAGUCACCAUAAAGGACCCCGGUUGUACUCGCAAAACCUUCCCCAACUACUUUGAUGUUCUCCAGCAGUACUCCAAGCACUAAACCACUUACCAUCUAGUAAGAAACUAUUUUGUAUUGUACUGCAAGAGAGACUAUGCACCAGUUUUGACAAUCAAAAUGGUGCCCAUACCGGAACAGGAAAAGCUUUGAUCCAAGCUUUCGACUCCUUUUCAUUUGUCAUGUGAUUAUGUUCGUUGUAUUUGUUGAAGUUGAGUUUUUUUCCCUCUUUCGCCUAGUAAGACAUGUAUACUAUAGAGUUGAAAUCAACUAGCAUGGUGCAAUAUAAGCAGUAGUAUUUUGAACAUGAGGGGACACAAUUACCUUUAUCUGGAGUUGUUCUCUAUUAAUUGAUUGAAUUUAAUGAAAGUGUGAUCCAGCA